AGCCGCGGUUUGUGAUUGGCUAACAGCCCCACACGGAAGGGAAGCGGAACAGUCGCUGCACGCAUGAGGGCAGGAUGGUGCGGCUGAAAGCGAGGUAUUUGCUGUGCGAGGUGUGCGUUUCGCAGAGAAGCAAGCUCCAGCUUUUGGAGGAAAAGGCCAUUUUCCAAGCGGUUAAAUCGGCAGUGGCCAAAGCUCAUGGAGAAUACGGAGCAGCCCUGUUCAGCAUAGGCAGCAAAGUGACGUACCUGAAUGCCUACACCGGGGUGGUCAUGCUGCGGUUCCGGAAAGCCUUCUAUCAGCUCCUCUGGUCUGCCCUUCCCUUCAUUAACAGCAUAGGGCCCCAAGGCAGAAAAGUGCCCUGCUUCUUCAACUGUAUAUAUGUUGGAGGAACCAUUAAAACAUGUCAGAAGUUUCUUGUUCGAUACGAUCGACAACAGCUGUACCGAAUGCUGCCGCACUGUAAGACUGGGGCUGAAAAACAAGAGGUGAGGAGAGCGGUGCAGACUUGUUCUCACAGUUUCUACAAAGCCACACAACAGGAAGAUGAUGAUGAUGAUGAUGAUGAUGGCGGCGAAGAGGGUGAAGAAGAGGAGACCAUCGUGCUAUAGACCUGCUAUAGAUCUGUGGAAAGACAUGCUAAACCUAUUUAUUCCUAUUAUUCAAGGUUCUUAACCCUCAAGCCAGGAGAGGAGAAUCAUUUGUACAGACAGGAGACAUAAGGCAAGUAGUUACUAUAGUGUUUACAUUAAAAUAGGUGUAAACUUAAUCUGGGAAAGAUGACCUGUGUUAUCGCUUUAUAAAAACCCGAUAGGCACCAUAAAUAACCAGUUUCAGUUUGUAUGUUGGGGAAUGUAGUAACGUGUAUAUAAUAAAUCGAGUAAUUGAACCUUCUA